GUAUACACAGGUACAAAUACACAUAAAUUUUAAAAAGAAGAUUUUAUUAACCACUUACUUGAUAAAUUAUUGCGGUUUUGUAGUUUGUUCGAUAGAACGGUAGUUCAAUAAAGAUAGAAAUCUAAUUUUUACACGUAUUUGAAGACCAUCCCGAGGAAAUUAAAUGUUUUGACGGGAAGUUCGUCUAGAAAUUGUCCGCUGUACUGUGUAAGUUUUUGAUAUUCACCAUGUAGAUGUGGCUAUGAAUUUACUGGUCAGAAUUCUUUCCUGUAUUACAAUGGUAUUAACGGCUCCUAUUUUGAAAUACGAAAUAACAAAGCGUUGUAGCAGUAUAAAAUGUGAAAACGACAGUUAUUGCAUGGAAGAAACCUUUGUGUUGAAUGGUGUGGAUUUACUGGAAACGGAAGCUAGAUGUAUAUGUCAUGGUUAUUUUACCGGGCCACGAUGUGAGGCAAAAAUCAUUCUUACUCCAGAUGUGAUAAAAGCACAUUACAUAGGAUUUAAAGUUUCAUUUCAUAACGUUUCUAGUGGAGAAGUUAUAUCAAGUGAUACUUUUAAAGACAGUUUAUCAUAUUCUAUUCAGUAUUGGAAAAACGCAUCAGAACGGUCAUGCUCGAUUGCUACAAAUAUUUACUCUCCUGUCGAUGGAUUAGAUGGUUUACAAAUGGAUACAUCUUUCACCUUGUGUGCCGUAACUGACCCGGCUGGUUGGUGCGUGCCAAGAGAGGUGAAUUUAACACAUGACAAGAACUGUCUGGUUAUCAAAACUUUGAAUACUGAGUAUUCUUUUUGGUCGCAAUCAUUUGUACUUCCGGUUGCUAUAUCUGUGAUUGUUGUUUUAUGUUUAUUAAUAUUUAUAAUACUUUGUAUGUUAAAAAGAACGUUCAUGCCAUCAGACAAUCAUCAAAAAUCAAGGCAAUCGCAAAAGGACUGGGCAAAGAAAAGACGGAAAGAAAAGCAGCGCGAACAAUCAAAAGAAGUACAUCUAGUUAAAGAAUCAUCGUUAGACGAUCUUCUGAUUGACAGUUACCCGAGUCCGGACGAUUCGUCGAUCGAUCGGAGAACAACUAGGAAAGCGGGAACUACAACAUUUGCACCUAUUCUCAAUCAAAGCAGUUUACCAAACGUAAUGGAAGAACAGAACACAGAGGAUGUCUUAAAUCAAAACGAGUCUAGUCAUAUGUUACAUCAUACUAACGGAAGUGUCUCAGAAGCAUAAUCAUUUUAAUUUAUCAGUAUUUAAUGUUGAUUUGUUUUAUUUUUUAACUAUUGAAAGUUUUACAAAAGAUUUAACAGUUUCUAAAAUAUCAGAUUAAUGAAUAAAAAAUCAUUUGCA